AUGCGACCAUGCUUCCGAGCCGCUGAGCGCCUGGGGCGGCCAUUGCAGGGCUCGUUCACUCGCUGUCCCUCCAAGUUCUUGCCCGCGAAGCCUACGACAUGGCUGCGCCAGUUUCGCACCACCGCCGCCCGCUACGCCGUGCCCUAUAGAGCCGCGUCCGACCUCGAGAAGCGCGUCGCCGCCAUCCCAAUUGACCGCUUCCGCAACUUCUGCAUCGUCGCCCACGUGGACCAUGGCAAAAGCACCCUUAGCGAUCGCCUGCUCGAGCUCACCGGCACCAUCGAACCUGGCGGCAACAAGCAAAUCCUGGACAAGCUAGACGUCGAGCGCGAACGUGGCAUCACCGUCAAGGCGCAGACGUGCAGCAUGAUUUACAAUCACAAGGGGGAAGACUAUCUGCUGCAUUUGGUUGACACGCCCGGUCAUGUCGACUUCCGCGCCGAGGUGUCACGCAGUUAUGCUAGUUGCGGAGGCGCUCUCCUUUUGGUCGAUGCCAGUCAAGGCGUGCAAGCCCAGACUGUCGCGAACUUCUAUCUUGCUUUCGCCCAGGGCCUGACGCUACUACCCGUCGUCAAUAAGAUUGACCUCCCUUCCGCGGAUACCGAGCGCGCGCUGGAUCAGCUGGAGGAGUCUUUUGAGCUGGACUCCAGCAAAGCUGUGCUGGUUUCCGCGAAGACGGGCUUGAACGUGCAAGAGAUCCUUCCGAAAGUCAUCGAGCAGAUCCCGGCUCCCGUUGGCGACAAUACAAAGCCGCUUCGCCUUCUUCUCGUGGAUUCCUGGUACAACCAUUACAAAGGUGUCAUCCUCCUGGUGCGUAUCUUCGAUGGGGAGGUCAAAGCUGGCGAUGUCAUCACCUCGUUUGCCACCGGGCUCAAGUACACGGUCGGCGAGGUUGGAAUGAUGUAUCCCGACCAGACACCCAUGACGAAGCUGCGUGCCGGUCAGGUUGGUUAUAUCUAUUUCAACCCCGGCAUGAAGCGCUCGCAGGAAGCCAAGGUUGGCGACACGUACACGACGGUUGGUUCGGAAAAAUUGGUCGAGCCUUAUCCAGGCUUUGAAGAGCCCAAGUCCAUGGUCUUCGUCGCUGCAUUUCCCGUGGACCAGGGGAGCUAUGAGCAUCUCGAAGAAAGCAUCAACCAGAUUGUUCUAAACGAUCGUGCCGUUACUGUCAGCAAGGAAUCUUCCGAGGCUCUAGGGGCUGGCUGGCGUCUUGGUUUCCUCGGUACUCUCCACUGCUCUGUCUUCGAGGACCGUCUCCGCCAGGAGCACGGCGCGAGCAUUAUCAUCACCCCUCCAUCGGUUCCUACCAAGCUCAUUUACAAAGACGGCACCGAAACAGUCCUCUCUAACCCCAACGCAUUCCCCGACGAGCAGGACCGUCAUACCAAAGUGGCAGAAGUGCAGGAGCCCUACGUCGAGGCAACCAUCACGCUCCCCGAGGAGUACAUCGGCCGUGUUGUCGAGCUUUGUGAGGCAAAUCGUGGCGAGCAGAAAUCACUUACCUUCUUUACGGCUACCCAAGUAAUCCUGAAAUACGACCUGCCGCUGGCACAACUGGUCGAUGACUUCUUCGGAAAGCUCAAGGGUGCAACCAAGGGAUACGCUACGCUGGACUAUGAAGAUGCUGGCUUCCGCCGCUCCAACAUUCAGAAGCUUCAGCUGCUCGUCAACAAAGUGCCCGUCGAUGCCGUUGCACGCAUCGUCCAUAGCUCUCAGGCCGAGCGCAUCGGAAGGGACUGGGUCAAACGCUUCAAGGAGCAUGUUGAUCGUCAGAUGUUUGAGGUCGUCAUCCAGGCUGCUGUCGGCAAGCGCGUCGUGGCAAGAGAGACAAUCAAGCCGUUCAGGAAAGAUGUCCUGGCUAAGCUGCAUGCCAGCGACAUCACAAGGAGGAAGAAACUGCUCGAGAAGCAGAAGGAGGGAAAGAAGAAGAUGCGGGCUGUUGGAAACGUCAUCAUUGACCAGAAAGCUUUCCAGGGCUUUUUGGCCAAGUGA